AUCUUUUGUGUAGUGAAUGUGGUCGAGUUCGCGUCUGAAGUUUGUAGGACAGUCGAUCGACAUUUCCUAUAAUCAAUCAUGGAGGAUUCAGAAACCUGUGCCAUGGAACUGGUGGAAGGAGAGAAACCAAGUGGAGAUAUGCUUACUGACAUGGAUGAAUCAGAAACCUGUGUUAUGGAGCUUGUUGAUGGCAAGCAGCAAACUAACGAAAAAUGUGAGCCACAAAGCAAUGGAGUUGAUUCAUCAAAUGUUACAAGUCAGAAUGGCGUAACCUCACCGGCUGAAAUUAAGAAGAGUGUUGAACCAAGACUAAUGAUCACACAUAUUGAGAAUGAAAACUUUAAAUCUUACGCUGGCAAGAGAACUUUGGGACCAUUUCACAAGAAUUUUUCUUCCAUUGUUGGACCAAAUGGUAGUGGUAAAUCUAAUGUGAUUGAUGCUAUGCUUUUUGUAUUUGGUUACCGAGCCAACAAGAUCCGAUCUAAGAAGAUAUCCGUUUUAAUCCAUAACUCAGAAAAUCAUAAAAAUAUCAACAGUUGCAGCGUGCAUGUUCAUUUCCAGAAGAUAAUAGAUUUGGAUGGAGAUGAAUAUGAAGUGGUACCGAACAGUAAACUGACUGUGUCUCGUUCCGCGUACCGUGAUAACUCAUCCAAUUACUAUCUCAAUGGUAAAAAAACGCCAUUCAAAGAAAUAGCCGUUUUACUGAGAAAAGUUGGCAUUGAUUUGGACCAUAACAGAUUUCUCAUACUCCAGGGAGAAGUGGAACAAAUCAGUAUGAUGAAACCCAAGGCGUUGACAGAGCACGAGGAGGGAAUGUUAGAGUACCUAGAAGACAUCAUUGGCAGCAGUAAAUACAAAGAACCAAUAGAGGAAUUGGCGAAACAAGUGGAAGAACUCAAUGAACAGAGAGGAGAAAAGCUGAACAGGGUGAAAGUAGUAGAGAAAGAAAAGGAUGAACUGGAAGGAACAAAGAACGAAGCAAUGGCGUAUCUAUUGCUGGAAAACAAUAUCUCUAAGAAAAAGAAUGUUCUCUUUCAGAGAUAUGUACAUGGAUAUAAUAAAAAGCUGACUUCUUUAAGCGAAGAGCAGAAGAAAGCGGAAGAAGAGAUGGCUUCAGUCAACAAGGAGAUGGAUGAGAUGACAGAAUCAUUUAAAGAAAAGGCGAAGGAGCAGAAGAAAAUUAUGAAGGCUAACGAGAAAUUUCAAAAAGAGGCUGAAGACCGGAAAAAUGACUUCAACGAGUUUGAAAAACAAGACGUGAAGUGCCGAGAGACUUUAAAACAUGCCAAAUCUAGAGAUAAAAAAUUGGGGAAGGCCUUGCAGAAAGAGAAAGAAAAGUUGGAAGAACUGAAAGCUGUCCCGGCUGAAAAUGAGAAACAGAUAGAGAAAGCUACCAAGAAGCGAGAAGAAUUUCAGGAGCAACAGAAGGUGGAAGAAGAGAAGCUGAAUGAAAUCAUGGCUGGGUUGAAGACGGCGACCGAGGGAUUACAGACAGAAAAAGACGCAAAAGAAAAAGACUUGAUGGGACUACAGAAAUCGUUGAAUGAAGCCAGGUCUAAAAUGAACAUUGCCAAAUCUGAAUUUGAACUGUACAAAAAUCAGCAAAAUACAAUGUUUUCACAGUUAGCCACUGCCAAAAAACACUUGGACCAUGCAGUGAACACAGUUCAAGCCAGAAAAAGUUCAGUACAAGAUUUAGAGAAAAAGAUUCCUGCAGUUGAGAAGGAACUGCACCAAGCUAAAAUAGAUCUUCAGUGUGCCGUAGAAGCUGAAGAGAAAGCUAAUGAAUCGGUUAGGAAAAAUCGUGUCAAAGUUGAAGAAACUCGUAGUUCGUUACAGUCUGCCCGUAGUCGUGGCAAAGUUGUUGACGCGUUGAUGUCACAGAAGAAAUCUGGCAACAUUCCAGGGAUAUCAGGAAGACUCGGAGACCUUGGCGCUAUAGAUGAGAAAUAUGAUGUUGCCAUAUCAACUGCUUGCGGUGCAUUGGAUUAUAUUGUUGUGGACACCAUGGAAAUUGCUCAAAAAUGUGUGAACUACCUGAAAAAACAUAAUAUUGGCAUGGCUACCUUUGCUGGACUUGAUAAGAUGAAAACAUGGGAAAAGCAUGCUUCGUCAAAAAUUGACACACCAGAGAAUGUCCCACGGUUGUUUGAUUUGGUGAAGGUAGAAGACAAGAAGGUGCUGACAGCAUUCUACUUUGCAUUACGUAAUACUUUGGUUGCUAAAGACUUGGAUCAAGCAACAAGGAUAGCAUUUCAAGGCUCCAAGAGAUGGAGAGUGGUGACACAAGCAGGACAACUAAUAGAUCAGUCAGGUACAAUGAGUGGUGGUGGUAAACAAGUAGCCAAGGGUAGAAUGGGAUCAUCGGUUGUGGUAAGCAACAUCUCGGCUGAAGAGUUGGAAAAAAUGGAGAAAAGGUUAAACGCAGAUAUGAAACUUGUGCAACAUAACCAUGAUAACAAACUUCAACUUGAAGACAAAGUUGAAAAGCUGCAGCGAUCAUUGAAAGAUAUGAAAUAUACGCUGGAGAAAUUUAAUAUGGAUAUCAAGGCAUCAAUUGAACAAGAAGCUACCUCACGAAACCAAGUGAAGGAGCUGGAGGCGCAGAUUGCCGCUAAUCAACCAGAUAAGAAUAAAUUAAGUGAAUUAGAAAAGACUUAUACAUCAAACAAGAAAGAUUAUGACAAAAUUGCUUCAUCUGCCUCCAAGAUUGAGGCAGAGGUACAGAAACUACACAAAGAAAUCAUGGAUGUGGGUGGAUUAAAACUGAAUCGCCAGCAAGCCAAAGUAGAUGCUGUGGUUAUGGAGGUGGAUAAAUGCACUGGUGAAAUCACUAAAGCCAAUGUUGGUAUAAAAAAUGCUGAAAGAAAUAUCAAGAAGGCUGAAAGCAAAGUCGAGUCUACAGAGAAGGAGAUCGAGGAGAACAAGGAAAUGAUGGAGAAAAUAGGAGCAGAGUUUCAGAAAUUAGAAGACGAUGCAACAAGAGUUUUACAAGCGUAUCAGGAUGCACAGGACAAGUUGAAAGAAAUUGAAAAUGUAUUGGAGGAAUCCAAGGAGGAGUUAGGACAAUUACAGACAAAACAAAACGAUUUAAAGAAGCAACACUUGGAAGUGCAGCAUAGUCUGGAGAAGUGGUUGAACUUAGUGAAGGAAAAUCAACAGAAGAUUAAACAUUGGAAAAAAGAGACCAGUCGACUGACUCUGCACAAUAUUGAGGGAGAAGAAAUGAAGGAGUUACCAACCCUGACUGAGGAAGACUUGGAGGACAUUGACCCUGAUAAAGUACAGUUUGAAAUAACUGUACUUGAGGAGGACAUGCACAAUAUGAAACCCAACAUGGCUGCUAUCGAGGAAUACAGAAAGAAGGGGAUUGUAUUCAGUGUAAGGCCACCUAAAAAGAGUUGGAAGAAUAUCUCUAAUUUAUCUGGUGGGGAGAAGACGUUGAGUUCUUUGGCGUUGGUGUUUGCGCUGCAUCACUUCAAGCCUACACCGUUAUAUGUUAUGGAUGAAAUUGACGCAGCUUUGGAUUUCAAAAAUGUAUCCAUUGUUGCAAAUUAUAUCAAGGAAAGAACCAAGAAUGCCCAGUUCAUCAUUAUAUCACUACGUAAUAACAUGUUUGAAUUAGCCGACAGAUUGAUUGGUAUAUACAAGACUGACAAUUGUACAAAGAGUGUGACUAUCAAUCCUAGAGCAUUAUCACAGGGCGUGCCAGUAGAAUGCUAAUACAUUUGUUGUUGUAUUUUACUGCAAAUAUGAGCCAUGUGAUUUUUAUACAAAGUUUUUAACUGUUUUCUAUUCUGAUUGGCUACUGUCACUGCCUGUGCAACCAGAUUGCAAUGUAUAUAAUAUUAACCAUUUACAUAUACCACAAUAUAAUAGAUUGUUUGCAAAUAAUGUAAAAUUACUAGAAGUUUAGUUGCAGACUCAAUCCUCUUAGAUAUUAUUAUACCGGAAUGAUAUACAAGAAACAUUUAAAAAAAACAUAAUGUACAGAAACAUACAGGUUCAUUUUGGCCUUUGAAAAGUUACGAGUUUACAGUUUUGUAGCCAAAGACUGAAAUGCAGUCACUAUAUUUACAAAACAGGGAAGUUAUUGUGAGUUGACAACGUUAUGGCCCAAGAUUUUUGUGAGCACUUCUUAUGUAAUUAAUGACUAUUAUGGUGUAGUAAAUAACCACCAAACAAAACUUCAAAUUGUGGCCAGCUUCCUGGGUUAGGUUUGUAGAAGCUGCACCAAUGGCAGAGGUUGAGUAAAAAAAUUGCAGAGGGCCCAGCCCAAUGUAGAUGAUCAUUGUUUUACACUGUCACUAUAUUGUGUUGGUAUUGAUAGUUGCUCAUGCUGAAGGUUUAGUAAUAUUGUACCAUUCCUUUCGGUCUAUCCUCUUUUUUUCUUGUAAAAGUUUUGUGGUUUACCUUUACCCUGCUUUUUUUUUUCUGUAUGUGAUGUCUGGUUCACCAUGCUGAGAUGACAGCCUAAUAAUAAUGAACUCAAUCCAGUUGAGAGAUAGCCGUGUCUACUAUCACUGCCAUUAUUUGAAUAAAUUUUUUUUAUCAUAAA